CUAGGGGAGUGCGCCGCGCCCUGGCCGUCGCACGACCAGUGCUUCCCUGGCCGCCGGAUAACCUGGAAAACAGAAAGCAGUGCUCGCUGAACCCGCAGCCGAAGACUCUUCUUCUUCUGAUGACGACGAUCCACAAACCGUCGCAGCUACUCUAGCUCGCAAGCGCAGUCGCUCGGACCCUCGUGCUGACCCCUUGGCAGGAGAUGAACCACUGGCUGAUCGAUUGGUUCGUCGUCGGCCAUCUGAACACGCUGGGUCCUGACAUUUUACUGCCGGGUGCGCCCACCAGAGCUCAAGAAUAUUUGAUGGUGCUUCACCGCGAGCGCACUAUCACUGAAGCUGAAUUUGUUGAGAUAUACGAACUUCUACAAAACCUCCCGGCACGGAUUAAUGAGAGAACGACAGCGACCGCGCAGGCUAGACAGGUUCAGGCUCAUUAUCGCGGCCUUGCUCAACAAGCAGAGGCAUCUCGCGACUCCUUGGGAAAUCGAGCUAUUCGCGUCAGGGACCUACGGAUCUCGCAGAACCAUCUUCGCACCCACAUUCAGGACCUCCAAGCCCAACUGAUCGAAGCAAAGGCCCAGUUGGUGGUGGUGACGUCCCAACUUGAGCAAGAGGAACCUCAGAUAGACCAGCCCUUAGCAGCCUUCGAAGCGAUCUCUCAGAACUUGGCCCAAGCACGCGAAGCUGUCCGACAAGCAGAGCGAGCUGCUGCCGACGCUAGUUUUCGUCUAGAUGAACUUUUGCUUCGCUUGACCCAUGCGGGUCGGAAACUUUAG